AUGCCGACAAGAAGGGAGAACCCCGAUAUAGCGCAACUCGUGUCUGACCAACUUAUCGCUGCACUACCGAAUAUAGUCAGCCAAGUGGCUGCUGGAUUGAAUGCCAACCAAACUUCAAACUCUGAAUCUACACCUCCACGAGAAUGUACUUAUAAGACUUUCAGAGCUUGUAACCCCAAGGAUUUUAAUGGAACUAAAGGAGUGGUGGAAUUACUAUUGUGGCUAGAGACCGUGGAGUCUGUUUUGCACAUUAGCAAGUGCACCGAAGGAAAUAAGGUCGAGUAUGCGGCAUGCCUAUUGCAAGGAAGGGCACUAACUUGGUGGAACACUAUAGUUCAAAUCAGAGGCCGAGAAGCGGCUAACCGACUGUCCUGGGAGGAGUUUAAGAAACUGAUAAAAGACGAAUACUGUCCGAGGAGUGAACUCCAAAAAUUGGAAAUAGAGUUGUGGAACCUCGAAAUGAAAGGAGACAAUAUCUCUGCGUAUACAACAAGAUUUCAUGAGUUGGCAAAUCUUGUGCCACAUCUGGUGUCAUCAGAGGAGACUAUUCAAGAGGCGGUAGAAAUUGCCACAAAACUCACGAACAAUGCUGUGCGAUCCGGAGGGUUGGCCAAGGGAAAACGGAACAUAGAAGAGUAUGGGGACCGAAGAAUUAGAGGGAAAUUCGACAGAAGCAAGAGAAUAACAAGGAAUUUUGGAGCCCAAUCACAGGUGGUAAGGCAGGGUGAUGCAGAAAGAUGCAACAAGUGCAAAUUUCCACACCGAGGGAAUUGUAUCAUCUGCCAGAGGUGUUGUCUAGGGGGCCACACGGCAAAGGACUGUCGUAGGCGCUUAUGCUAUGAGUGUGGGAGCCCAGACCAUAUAAGGAAUGAUUGCCCAAAGCGGAAAACAGGGGCAAAUGCAAACCAGAAUCAACAAAAUAAUGCGGGUAAUUCAAGAAGUCAGGCUCGAGGGAGAGCUUUUGAAUUGGGAGCCAGGGAAGCCAGAGAGGAUCCCAAUGUAGUUUCAGGAAUGGACUGGCUAUCCAAAAAUCAAGCUGAGAUUGUUUGUUCAGAAAAACUUAUUCGAAUUCCCCAAAAGGGAAUGGAGCCAAUUGUGGUCCAGGGAGAUAAGUUUGACCGAAUGCUUAAGCUGGUAUCCUGCAUAAAGAUGCAGAAGUACUUAAGGAAGAAUUACACUGCAUACCUGGCCCAUGUGAUUGACGGAAGGAUCAAGGAGAAUAAGGUUGUGGACGUACCGGUAGUUCGAGAUUUUCCCGAUGUUUUCCCUAAGGAAUUACCAGGUCUGCCCCCACAGAGACAAGUCGAGUUCGGUAUCGACUUAAUUCCUGGAGCUGACCCAGUAGCAAGGGCGCCAUAUCGCUUGGCACCCUCGGAAAUGCAAGAGAUGUCGGCCCAACUCUAG